AUGCCAGUACCUGAGCCUGGAGGUGCUGCACCUGGGGGCGCUCUCUCUUCCCAGCAGCUGCGUAAGUGGUACUCUCGGUACUGUCGCAGCCUCUGUGGUGCUGCUGGAGCUGGCGCUGAGGGUGCUGAGCCUACUGGAGUUGGUGUUGCUGCUGACCCUGGUGUCGGCGCUGGAGGUGCUGGAGCCACUGGUCCUGGAGGUGCUCGUACUGGCGGUACUAGAGCUGCUGGGACUGGGGGUGCUGCUGGGGCUGCUGGAGCUGGUCCUGCUGGAGGUGCUGCUGGUGCUACUGGAGGUACUGGAGCUGCUGGUGCUGCUGGGGGUACUGGAGCUGCUGGGCCUGGAGGUGCUCCUGGUGCUGGAGCUUCUGGCGGUGCUGGAUCUGGCGGUCCUACUGGAGUAGGUGCUGCUGGAGCUGCUGGAGCUGGAGCUGCUGGGGGUGUUGGCGCUGGAGGUGCUGCUGGCGCUGGUGCUUCUGAGGGUGCUGGAGUUGGCGGUGCUGGAGCUGGAGGUGCUGCUGGUGCUGGUGCUGCCGCUGGGGGUAUUGGUGUUGUCCCUGCUGUUUCAGGAGGCGCUGCGCGGCCGCGGCCGUACUUCGUUCCGCUCCUUGAGCAGGUUCUUGGUCUCCCGCCUUCUACUGGUCCUGCUCCUCCCUUAGACUGUCCACAGCCUGACCAGUCGCAGUCACAGUUACAGCCCGCCUCCCCACUGCCUGCUCCUUCUCCCUAUACUGGUCCUACUGGAGGUCUUGCUGAGUGUCGUGCACCUGCGUCUCGUCCUGCGUCGCCUUCCUCUCUUCCUGUUCUUGCUGACCCGGAGUCUGACUCUCUUCGUGCUGCCAGUCCUACUGUCACGCAUCUCCUGGCUACUGUUGUCACUGACCCUUCCUUUGAGUCCACUACUUCGUCGGCCCUAGUUGCUGAGCUUGUCGACUUUGCUGCUCGCUGUCGUCUGGACUACGCUGCUAGUCUUGUUGCUGAGUCUGUCUGUCCUCCGUCCGUCGGGGGUGAGUGUGCUCUUAGCACGGACGUCCUUGAGGACAGGCAGGAGGAGUUCCAGUGUUUUGCUGCUGCUUUGCCUCAUCUCGUGUCCAUGCUGAUUGCCCCUGAGGGAGACCCAGAUGCACCAGACAUCCCGACUCCACGCUCUUACGCGGAGGCGAUAGAGGGUCCCUACUCCUCUCAGUGGCAGUCAGCCAUGGACGCAGAGAUGGCUUCCUGGAAGUCCACAGGCACUUACGUCGACGAGGUUCCCCCACCUGGGGCGAACAUCGUCGGUGGCAUGUGGAUUUUCAGGGUGAAGCGGCCGCCGGGUUCUCCGCCUGUCUUCAAGGCACGUUACGUGGCUCGAGGCUUCAGUCAGCGGCAAGGAGUUGACUACUUUCAGACCUUCUCUCCCACCCCGAAGAUGACCACUCUUCGGGUGCUCUUGCACAUAGCCGCUCAGCGCGACUACGAGAUUUACUCCCUUGACUUCAGCACUGCUUUCCUACAGGGCAGCCUGCACGAGGAGAUCUGGCUGCGCCGCCCACCUGGCUUCACUGGGUCGUUUCCUCCUGAUACCCAGUGGAGCCUCCGGCGGCCAGUCUACGGUCUCCGCCAGGCGCCCCGUGAGUGGCAUGACACACUGAGGACUACACUUGCGGCUCUUGGGUUUGCUCCUUUUACUGCCGGCCCGUCGCUCUUUCUACGUUCCGACACCUCUUUGCUGCCGUUCUACAUCCUCGUGUACGUCGACGACUUGGUCUUUGCUACUGCUGACACUGCUGGACUCGCCCACGUGAAGUCCGAGCUGCAGAAGAGACACGAGUGCACAAACCUGGGUGAACUGCGCAGCUACCUUGACUUGCAGAUCACCCGGGACAGAGCACAGCGCACAAUUACCCUGACCAAGUCACACAUGGUGCAGCAGGUCCUUCAGCGCUUCGACUUCACGUACUCCUCGCCUCAGGCCAUGUUGGUGUAA